AUGGCUACAUGUGUUGGCGGCAAUCUGAAUGUCAAAAAACAAACAUUAGUCGAACACGCUGGACCCAAGCCGUUGGACGUCAAACCCGUUGGACGUCAAACCCGUUGGACGUCGAAGCCGUUGGAUGAGCGCAUUAACCCGUUGGAAGUCGAACACGCUCGACCCAAACCCGUUGGACGUCAAACCCGUCCCAGGAGCCCAUUAACCCGUUGGGAGUUGAACACGCUGGACCCAACCCGUUGGACGUCAAACCCGUCCAAGGAGCGCAUUAACCCGUUGGGAGUUGAACACGCUGGACCCAACCCGUUGGAUGUCGAACCCGUCCAACCCGUUGGACGUCGAACCCGUUGGAUGAGGAAGUCGAACACGCUGGACCCAACCCGUUGGACGUCAAACCCGUUGGACGUCAAACCCGUCCAGGAGCGCAUUAACCCGUUGGGAGUUGAACACGCUGGACCCAAACCCGUUGGACGUCGAACCCGUUGGAUGAGGAAGUCGAACACGCUGGACCCAACCCGUUGGACGUCGAAACCGUUGGAUGAGGAAGUCGAACACGCUGGACCCAACCCGUUGGAAGUCAAACCCGUUGGACGUCAAACCCGUUGGACGUCAAACCCGUCCAAGGAGCCCAUUAACCCGUUGGGAGUUGAACACGCUGGACCCAACCCGUUGGAUGUCGAACCCGUCCAACCCGUUGGACGUCGAACCCGUGGGGGUGGAAUGGACGUCCAUUCCAUUCAGGGCCGUAGUGGAUAUGAAAUACAACAUAUCCAAAUCAAAAGCGAUAAUUCCGCCGGGAAGGGGUUACAUUGUGGUGUCAAAGUCAAUGAGUUGAGUCGAACACGCUGGACCCUAAGCCGUUGGACGUCAAACCCGUCCAACCAGGAGUCAGAGAUGGAGAGCCAGCAGGGUGAAACCCACAUCAGAUUCAACAGCACAUGCAGUCCCAGAAUGGCCAGAAGUGUGAGCAAGAGCACAGACAACAACAUAAAUGAAAGCAUCACCAAGAAUGAGGCUUCAACUAUCGCCUCGUCCGUAGGUUUGUGCAAAAUUAGCGUGGUUUCAUUAGUGUAUAUUAUACGAGAUCUCAUUGAAUAA